UCGAAUCGAGCUGCUAUAAGUAUCGUGGCAUCCGUUCAUCCGUUAAUCCGUUCAUCCGCUGAGUGCACGCUGCAUUUUCACUCGGGGCCAGCUCCACUCUUCACAACACCGGGGACUGUGGGAUUCACACACAUCGUUUUCUCCAUGCGCCUCCCUACCCCCACGUGAUUAUCCGUCGAACUGAAGAGAGGAAAGACAUUCAGAGGAGCACGAGGAGCUGGUGAUAAUUCACAGGGCUUGCUGCAGACCCGUGGGUCUUUCGAGAAAAUGGCAAUCGCUUCGUAUUUCUUCCCCAACGACAUGAGUCUCUGGGGAGCUGGGUACCUGAAAGUCAUGCAGAUGCUACUGGUGCUGGGUGGACUUUCGACCAUCUGGUCCGAGGCUCUGCAAAAGUCUCCUGCGACGUACUCAAAAUUCGCCGAUCUCACGAAAAUCAAAGGCAAAACGCUCCCCAGCCGGAAGGGCAUGCUAGUGCUGUACUGUCCCGCGGCCAUUGCUGUGGUGUCGAUUUCCGUGUGGACGUUCUCGAAGACCCAAACCAAUCCCGAGUACCAGCCGAGCAUGAGAUUCUGGCUUAUCCUCGGUGCAUACGUUGUCCACUUCAACAAGCGAAUCCUCGAGGUUCUGUUCGUGCACCGCUACUCGGGAUGUAUGGAGGCGAGCACGGCGGGAGCUAUCGGCUUCUUUUACAUGUUCGGCACAGUGAACUCCUUGCUCGCGCAGCACAUCGCUGACAGCAGUGCCCCUCCGCCGGUGAACACCAUUCCGGUCGGCAUCGCGCUCUACUCGUUGGGGUUGGCGGGAAAUUUUUACCACCACCUCCUCUUGAGCAACUUGCGCAAAGAUGGGUCACGGAAGUACGUCGUUCCGCAAGGAGGCCUGUUUUCUCUAUUCGUUGCUCCUCACUACAUCUGCGAAAUCGUGGAAUAUGGCGGCAUGGCAUUGAUUUCCCAAACGACUUACUUCGCUUGUAUAUUUCUCACUACUCUUCUCUACCUCGGCUCUCGAAGCUACGCCACGAAAGUAUGGUACAGAAAAAAGGUGGAUGGAUUUCCCGCAAACCGGUGCGCCUUGAUUCCUGUUCUGUUGUGAGUAAAAUGGAAAUUGUGGCGACUCUCCAUGGGCUCUCUCCAUCUCCUCAGGACGUGAAGGUCAUCAGAGCAGAAGCCAAUACGAUGGGGUUCCGAUCGAUCCGAAAGGCAAGGCGAUUUGUUCGGUUACGGCACAUCUUUCAAUAAUGAAGAAAUUCUCAUCACCAUUAUGCGUUUCCCACCAGCCGAUAACGUCGAGAAACGGAACUGGUGGCACUCGAUCAGAAUGUGUGAGGCCCAAAAAAACGACGGUUUAAAAUAGGCGGAGUUUAUCCAAUAUGUCGUGAUGCGUUCCUGCGAGCGCCGAUUUUGGAAUCGUAUGAUAGAUAUAGAUAUGUCAACAACUUUCGGACAUUCAUCGACAAGAACAAAGCCCGACGUCUCCGACGAUGUCUCUUGUAUCAUGUCAUCUGUGAGCGGAGACACGGGAAAGAUAGAUAGAUAGAUAGAGAGAGAGAGAGAUAUAUAUGCUCGAUUGUCGAAUGGAUGGAUACAGUCGUCCGUGGAUUUAAUCAUUUUGAGAGCAAUUUUGUACUUGGGUCAGAGCAUUAUUAUUACGGUGUACAGACACAUUUGUCGUCUGAACUCGAGACCAUGAAAUAUAUAUACAAUCAGGAAGGUUUUUCCUCCGUGCCAAUCAGGAAGAGUCAUGGUGUAAAAGUUAUGGUCGACGUGCAUGGACAGGCUUUUUUGGCCUCCAGCCAAGAGAGGAGAGUGGUCUAUCCAGACUUAGAAGCAUAGCCUCAUCCGAUUCGCUGCGCCGGUGGUGGUCAUGCAAGCUGCUUCCAAUGGGAGGUAAAGUGGCCAUGAACGUGCGCUCUCGGUAUCCUCAAACUUUGUGAGACUCUCUUCUGUUGAUGAUUGAAGUAGACCUCGAUCAUUAUGGGUUCCAACAACCCUGGCGGUGGCUACAAAUACUUUCGCACGAGACGCUGCCCUCGGUGGACACGAGUGAAGAUUUGCGUGUCUACUCGCAUGGAUUUAGAUCA